AAGCUCUUAGAAGACAUGUACUACGUUAUUCUCCUUUACCUGAAAGCGUCCCUGGCAGCUGACGUGUCCAGGCUUGGGUGCAGUUCCUCACCCAGCCAGAAAUACAUCCCCCGGAGGGCCGUGCUCUAUGUACCUGGCAAUGAUGAAAAGAAGAUAAACAAGAUUCCCUCCCUGAAUGUAGACUGUGCGGUGCUUGACUGUGAGGAUGGUGUGGCUGUGAACAAAAAGGAUGAAGCUAGAUUGAGAAUAGUCAAAACUCUAGAAGACUUUGACCUGGGCCCAACUGAAAAGUGUGUGAGGAUCAACUCGGUGUCCAGUGGUCUGGCCGAAGAAGACCUGGAGGCCAUCCUGCAGUCUCGGGUCCUUCCUUCCAGCCUCAUGCUCCCGAAGGUCGAAGGUCCUGAAGAAAUCCAGUGGUUUUCAGACAAAUUUUCCUUCUACUUAAAAGACCGAAAACUUGAACAACCUAUGAAUUUAAUCCCUUUUGUGGAAACUGCAAUGGGUUUGCUCAAUUUUAAGGCAGUGUGUGAAGAAGCAGUGAAGAAUGGGCCUCGAGUGGGUCUUUCUCUAGACGCUGUAGUUUUUGGAGGAGAAGACUUUCGAGCCAGCAUAGGUGCAACAAGUAGUAAGGAAACCCAAGAUAUCCUCUACGCUCGACAAAAGAUUAUUGUUGUAGCAAAGGCCUUCGGUCUACAGGCCAUAGAUCUGGUGUACAUCGACUUCCGGGAUGAAGAGGGGCUCCUCAGGCAGUCGAGAGAAGGAGCUGCAAUGGGAUUUACUGGUAAGCAGGUGAUACAUCCGAACCAAAUUGCGGUGGUCCAGGAGCAGUUUUCUCCUUCUGCUGAAAAAAUUAAGUGGGCUGAAGAACUGAUUGCUGCCUUUAAAGAUCAUCAACAAUUAGGAAAGGGAGCCUUUACUUUCCGAGGGAGUAUGAUCGACAUGCCAUUACUGAAGCAGGCCCAGAACAUUGUUACGCUUGCCACAUCCAUCAAGGAAAAAUGAUCUGCUAAAUGAAGCUCUCAUCAGGAGACAUCAUGAGUGUGCAGCCUGCAACUCACGUGGGAGCCCAGAAGGCUGCUGACGAGUAACAGAGCUUAAAGAGAUAAAAAUCUGCUUUCUAUCCCGUUCUUAGCUUUACUUCUUCGGGGGAGGACAUUGACAGAAAGGUAACAGUAAAUGAUUAUUCAUAAAAAAAACAGGUUAUUUUCAAAUUAUGAUAAACAUUCCACUUUGGAUGACUGAGGGUGGAAUCCCCCCAAAUCAUUUUCUUUUUCACAACUUGGCUUUGUAAAGAGCUUUGUGAAAAUCAGUCCGUCUUUGCAUCAUCUAAGGAAUUUUAAAUUGUGACAUAUAUUUAUGAGACUAUUUCAGGCGAAUAUUUUCGAAAUGAGUAGCAAAUAAAUGGGUCAUGAAUUUGCAUGCACUGCUUCUGAAAAUGAGCACAUUUGAAAACAGUUUGCUCCAAAGGCGCCAUUGGCCUUUUUCCUUCCUUCUCAGAGAGCAUAUGUGUUGCAUUAGUACUCAGAAAAGAGCGUGUUUUCAUAGCCUCCAGUGCUGCGUUUAUAAAAAUCGUGAUGAUUUUAGGACUGCACCUUCAUUUUUUGAAUUUUCAAAACUUGUCCCUUUUUGCUCUUUUAUUUUCUUUCAACAAAACAAAGACAGGAGAACCCCUGUAAGAAAUUUUAUACAUUCCCACAGAGUCGAAGUUUGUUGACCUUCAGGCCACAGAGUAAAACCUUCCUUUUAAGUCAAGCAUUCCCCAUUGGGAAGCGCUCCAGCUUUUUCUUUUUAUGAGGAAUUUUAACUGCUGGACUUAAUUUAAUUAUUGUAUUUUGUGCAUACACCCAGAAGCCCCAGGGCCUGAGCUUUACUUUUUUUCAAAACUUUCAAAUGAAUAUCUUUAGAAAUGCACAUUUCUGAUGGUAACCUUCCUUCUUCACUUGUAUUUCUAAUCUAAAUACCAGACUUCGAUGGUUCUGUUUCCCGACUUAUUCGUGGAGAGGCUUCGAUGUCACAUGUCUUUGCAACAGACACUCUUCUCCGGUAGACACGGAAUAUGGUCAUUUGAGUCCUGAAUGUAGGACCCCAGGCUUCAUAGCAAGAAAAUAAAAACCAUCUCCAGUUGAACUACAUUUUAAAACUGAGUGGUUCUGGGGACAUAGUCUUCAAUGAAAAGGGUUCCUAGUUUGAAACCAGUAGCAUGCUGGCCCUAUGGUUGUAGUUUGCCACCAUCUGUCCCUAUAGUUUCUGUGACAUUGUCCUCGACACCAGCUGCUCCUCCCGGAUCUCUCUCUCUCUCUCUCUCUCUCUCUCUCUCUCUCUCACACACACACACACACACACACACACACGGAGUUGUCAUCUAGAGCUAAGGGCAAAGAUUCAAUAUCUUCAUUUCUCCUCUCUUCUUAUCCAUAAACAGUUUCACUUGAGCCUUCUGAUUUCCACUUGGAAAUCAAACACUUUGACCACAUUCUGACUCUCAAAGACAAAAAAUACUUUUUUCUUUUUUCUGAUAUUGACUUAAAACUCAUUUAGGAAUAUUGGAAUCUGGAACAAACAUAAACUUGCCAAAUUCAUAAGCUCCGCCCAAAAUAUUUCAUGAGGGUUGGACCACUUAUUAAGUAAGUUUCAUUUUAGGAUUUCUGAGACCUCUGAAUUUAGGAAGAUGUUUUCAAGCAGAAUUAUCUGCUAGGUGAAUCUGAUUCUCUUAUUUAUUAUGACUUAAAAUUGUAGAAAUCGCAGCAUUUUGGUGUCAAAGAAGGACUUUUAAGAUCACCUUAGCCAAAGAUCCGGACCCUGGCACAUAUUAGAAUUAUCAGGUGAACGUUUAGUAAAUACCCCAGUCGAACCCAUCAUUUUGCAAGUUAAAAAGAGAAACAACCAAACAAAACUGUGAUGGCUUUUACAUUCGAGGUCUAAAGUACAACAUCAUAACAUGAUUCGGCAACUCCUACUAAAUUCAUGCUAAACUUUAAAAAGCAAACGUAGGUUUCCGUAAUUACGUUUUGGGCCACACCGCUUGGACAACAGUUGACUGAUUCUUCCCACGAUACACUUUGGAAUUUUAUCCACAUUCACAUCCCUGACUGGUCACAGAAUAGGCUGGAAGGGUCAUAGUCCUGAGAUGUCUCACUUUAACUUUUGAAAUAAGGUACGCUUGUGUGGAUGUCUGCCCUUCCUGUGAACGCACUUAAGUUGGCUCUUCAGGGGCAACGUCAUGCUCCAUGACUGAUAUUCUGCGAAUUUAUUUUUCCUACAUAUAUUUAAAAUAUCUCGGCAAAAGCAGUAUUUCUCCCAGUGUCAUCUGACGAUCUCAAAACACUCGAACCAUAGAGCUUUACAACGUACUGGUUUCAUAAAAACAGAAGCAAAGGGACGUCUAAUAACAGCUCAUCUGAGUGAGUCCCAGGGUCCUUCGAGGGCAGAAGUGAGCUUAGCUGUCACCUCUGAUGGCCUCAAGAGAGCAAGGGAAACCAUGAUGAGAGCAAGGGCUCCUUCUAGGAAGAAGUCUCAGCUGGGGUCUCCUCGGCCCUUUGAGCCAGCUUGGUCAAUGCUGGCCCUCACCCCACCUCCCCCAAGUAGAGCACCCCCUCACCCUUCCCACACCUUAGCUGCCUCCUAUUCCCCCUUCCCCAUGCAUCAGAGGUGGCAUGCUUGCAGGUCACCAAGGGAAAAGGGGCGCUCCAGUCAUUUGGACUAGAGGGCCAAGGACCUCCCAGGAGAGAUCCAGGGAGCUUUGAUCUCAAUUAUUUGCCUUGGGCUGAAAGACCUCUAUUUGGCCACUCCUCAAGGGUCCUAAUAAGGCCAGGACCUGGGAUCCCAGAGGCAAACCUUUUUUCUUUUUUUUUUUUAAACGAAAGGAAUGCCGAGAUGCAAUGAUUAAAGCUAUAGAGUUACGGGGAGAUGACAUGUUAAUAUGAGGCAUACCUACAUAGAAUACGCUCAGUAAUUCACUCCUCCAGCAGAUAUUAAUCGAGCUUCUAUGGUGUGCCUGCAGUAAGUGACAUCACUGUGUCAGUGAUGGGCUCGAAGGGUCAUCCUGAGGCUGGCCCCAAGGCCUUGUCCAACAGAUCCAUCAGAGUGAAAGAACGUGGGUGGUGAAAGCCUGUCUCAUUCUGGCCCCCCAGCCCCCAUCCUGUUCUAAUUACUCCUCCCAUCCUUUGUAACAAACAUGCACCAAGAUCAUAGCUCCAGGCCUGAGACCAAAAAGUAAGGAAGAAAUCAAGAGUAUCUUAGAGGUCGAUUCUCAUGCAACCAUAAAAAAAGAAUGUUUAUGAAAAGAUUUUUAAAACAUUUAAUGACAAGAACUGCUGAAACAUUUGCCCUUGCUCGGUUACUUUCUGCCCCUUUACACUUUUCUGUACCUUUCAAAUUGGCUACAGUGAACUCAUAUCACUGUGAUAGCCAAGAAGUAAGAUGAAUGAUAAAAUUGUUGUUUAGUCGCCUCAGCUGUGUCCAACUCUUGUGACCCCAUGGACUGUAGCCUGCCAGGUUCCUCCCUUCAUGGAACUUCCCAGGCAAGAAUACU